CGAGGGGCGCUGAGGGGGCAGCAGCGGCCGCUCCGCCCCGGGGUGGGGGACGCAGGGGCCGUCCUGUGGCAGACCCGUCCUCGGCAGAGCCGAGCCGACAGGCCGGGUUCGCCCCCCGCUCCGUUUUCGGCGGUUCGGCAGCGGACGCCUCGCCCGCCGCCCCUCACGGGCACCGGUGGGCGGCUGCGGGGGCGCCCCCUUCCCGCCUCUCCCGCUCCCUCCCGCCUCUCCCGCUUUCCCUCCUCCCGCUCCCCCCGCCCCCUCCCCCGGCAGCUCCCCGCUCGCUCGCUCCCUCCCGCCGCUCCCCGCUGCGCAGAGCGCCGCGCCGGCUCGGGCAUGGAGAGCCAGCGCUGCUUCGCCAACCGCUUCGAUGACUACCCGGGCAGCCCGGCGGCGGCGCCGGACAGGGACGCGACGGUGCCGCUGGUGACGGCCACCAUCGAGCGGAUCCUGCGGGAGCUGCCGCCCCUGGGCGGCCCCCGCGGCUGCCAGGGCGGGCUGUACGGCGGCGUGGCCGGCGUGGCCUACAUGCUGUACCACGUCGCGCAGUGCCCGCUGUUCGCGCCGUCGCGGGAGGCCUACCUGCGGGCCGCCCGCCGCGUCGUGGACGCCUGCCUGCGCUACCAGGAGGGCGGCGGCGAGGCCGACGCGGACACCCGCGCCGCCUUCUUGCUGGGCGGCGCAGGGGUGUACGCGGUGGCGGCGCUGGUCUAUCGCGCCCUGGGGCUGCCCGACUUCGCCCGGCCGCUGGGCAAGUUCCGCGAGCUGAGCGAGGUCUGCGCCCCGCUCUCCUUCCUCGAGUGCGGCUCCGACGAGCUCUUCGUCGGCCGCGCCGGAUACCUGUGCGCCGCCCUUGUGCUGAAGCAGCGGCUGGGCAUGGAGGUGCUGACCCCAGCACAAAUAAAAUCUAUUUGCCUGGCCAUACUAGAAUCAGGAAAGCAGUACGCAGUGAAGAAGAGGAAACCAUUCCCGCUCAUGUAUUCCUACUAUGGAACGGAGUAUCUUGGUGCAGCACAUGGGCUUUCAUCCAUCCUUCAGAUGUUGCUUUCUUAUUAUGAGUACCUGCAGCCAGCAGAUCAGGAGCUUGUGUGGCAGAGCGUUGAUUUUCUUAUGGACCAAGAACAGAACAGCAACUGGCCUCCUGAGCUGGGAGAGACCAUCGAGCGGGAGAACGAGCUUGUGCACUGGUGCCAUGGAGCUCCAGGCAUUGCGUAUCUGUUUGCCAAAGCUUACCUGGUUUCCAAGAAGCCUCAAUAUCUGGACACUUGUAUCCGCUGCGGAGAGCUGACUUGGCAGAAAGGCCUGUUGAAGAAGGGACCUGGAAUAUGCCAUGGAGUGGCUGGUAGCGCUUAUGUGUUCCUGCUGCUGUACAGGCUCACUGGAAACUCAAAAUACAUUUACAGGGCACAAAGGUUUGCAGAGUUCUUAUUUACAGAAGAAUUUAAGGCUGGUUCCCGGGCGUUAGAAAGUGUAUAUAGUCUGUAUGAAGGCUUCUCAGGAACUGUGUGUUUCCUGACUGACUUGCUGCAACCCAACCAAGCCGAGUUUCCUCUCUUCAGUGUCUUUGUCUAGAGAGUAACAUUCUCCAGGGCACCUGCGGUUUCACUUAUUUGUCAAGAGAGGGUAUUUACAAAACAAGUCAGAGGUACCAGUAACGCUAGCCUUAAUGUAGCUGGGAGUUGGGUGAAAAAGAAAAUACACUGGGGCUUUGGGAGGGAAGUGUGCGCUCCAAAAAAGUGGGUCAGUGAAAAAAAAAAAGGGGGGGGAAAGUGAUUGAAUCUGAUGUGUUAGAUAUUUAGCUGUAAUAAGAAGCAAAAUCUAAUUAUUCAAGUGAGACAGAAAGGGGCAUUAUCAAACUUUUAAUUUGGUGGUUACACAGGAAAAAAAAUUGGCAAGCUAGAAUUACAGGGACAUGCAAAGAAGCGGUGAUGCAUCCAGUAGGUUUUAAAAAGAGACCUGCAAAAACAAGUCUUCAUGCAGCGAUGCACUUACCGGGGAGGAUGUUGUAGACAUGUCACUACACUGCACAAAGGCAAAAUCUGGGAUUUUUUACCUACACCACAUUUACUAGUUCUAGUAAUAUGUAUUAGAAAUACCUGUAUCUUGGAGCUCUUUCAUCUUCAUAUGCAUAUAAAGACAGUUACGUAGAUAGCUAUAUAUUCAGCCUUCAGUGUCACUGUUUAUUUCAGCUACUGGGGUUUCAUGUGUAUAAAUGAGAACUGAAUUUAACUCUUCUUUUCAGAGUUCAGUCUGUGGCGAGGAGCUGGUCUCCUUACUGAUUCACUGUAACGAUGUCACUUGUUGUCAAUACCUUCCCUGUCACAGGGAUGGUGAGUGGAGCCAUGGAGAAGACUUGGAUCGAAAAGUUCUAUAGUGAAGACAGAGCAGGCAGAUGCUUUCUUUACAGUACAGCGUCGCUAGAUAAGUAUUGUUCAGUGAUGCAAAAGCUUCAUUUAAAAAUAAUUACUUAUAGCAGCAUUUCUGAACAAUAACAUACGGAUUUCAAAGAAUGGAAAAUCUGUUUUCCUUGAUGAAUUGUUCGGUACAAACCCUGCAAACUGAAUGCAAACAUCGGAUGGCAUACUGAUCUUAAGAAAAAAAUAAUAACAAAAUUCAAAAUUGCUUCUUUUCCUAGUUAACAAAAUAAUGUAUACGCCCAAAUGAUUUGUAGCUAGAGAAAUAAAUGGGUUGCUUAACACUAGUUGCACUAGCACUUAACAUUGCAAUUAUAUGCUGAUUUAUAUGUAUUAUAUAUAUAUGAUAUGGUACUUGAAAGCUAAAGAAAAUGUUAACAUAGAUUUGUACUAAAAAAACCUAUACAAACAAUAUAUGUAUUUAAAAUAUAUUUACUAUUUAUUUAUUUUUAUUUAUAGGGGAAUAAUGUAACGCAAUUACCUUUAAAGACAGAUUGGGAAGACCAGUAUGUCAAAAAUUGCAGUUAGGGUGAAAAAGCUGCCCUACAUGCACUGCCAAACAAUGCAGUCUCUCUUCCUGCAUUCUCAGCUGGAGGAGAUUACAAUUUCUUUGGUUUUUUUUAAUGCCUAAUGGAUUAAAGUUCCCAUUUAAUUUUAGUGGGCCUUGAUCAGGCUAUGAAUUGGAGCCAGGUCUUAAAAUCCUUCUGCAUUUUAUUAUAAUAUAGUAAUCCCAUUCUUACUCCUGCCACUGUUAUUUUAAUGAGAUGGCUUGCAUUAUUAUGAGCUGCAGGUUAGAAUUUCUGCUAUUUUGUCUUGCACUGUGCAGCUCUAAUUAAUUACUUAAUCACAGAAGUAACCAUAUUUCAUUGGUGAAUAAAGCAAUGCAGUUCUGGUGAAUAGGAAUGUUAAAAUUCAAUAUACAGUUGUUUGUUACGAGUUCAUUAUUUGUGAUGUAAAAGCUCUUUUAAGAAAGCCAUUAAUUAAACUUCAUUACUCUGAGCAGUGAGAUGUGUACGCAUCGGAGGAUGUAUUUCACAGGGAGGUAGACAUGUGAGACUAAAUCAAAAAGUCAGUGGAGAUGUGCAUGGGCUCUGCUCAGCCAUGUUUCAGUAACUGUGCUCUGUCUUAUUGUAAGACAGAGAAACAGGUUUUGCCAUGAUCUGAACUCAAGCUGUUGCAAUCCUACAUUUAUUGCCAAUCCUUUUAUUUGGAGGUGCAAACGUAAAACAGAAAGGCCUAGUGUUUUGAUAACUACACAGUCAAAAAAACCCAAACAGCUCCAAAGUUAAGCCUUAAGAGAAUCUACGUGUAUCAGCAUAGUAAUCACAACCUUUAGAUUUUGUCCCCAGUGCCUGCUUUUUAAUUAUCACUUGGCCAAAAUAUUUCCAGUUAGUAAUUUCUCAGGAGACGCUUGAAGAACAACAUCUUUGCCAAAACCUCAAUAAAUCUAGAGCACAAUAAAUCAAUACAAUAACUUAGAUCCUAGCCAAGUCAUGAAUGCUGAUAUUGUAACAUAUACCACAUAUAUGUUAAAAUUUACCAUAAGAGAUGUAAAUUAAAUCACUCCAUUUCAUUAUGCUUAACUGCUAGCAACAGUGUUUGCAUUUAUCUUUUUAAUAUAACUUUUUGCAAAUGGCAGGAAAUAUGCAUUAAGGACUCAGUGUCAGGUUUUUGGUGGUUUCCCCUUAAGUAUCUCUUUGUAAGAAUUAAAUCCUUCCGAUUUACAUUCAAAGGAGACUCUGUUCCUCUGUGUUGCAUUCAACAACACCCACAAAACAAUCUUAUGUCUUUGCAACCCUUCUCCAUAUCUGAAGCCGUGUGUUUGGCUUCAUUUGAUAUUAAUCCUGUGAGAGCUAGCCCGUUCAACAGUGAGAAAACCCACACAGACACCCAGUUUUCAAAAUCUAGGUCCCAAAUAUCUCUCUGCAAGUUAAGCAAGUUUGGGGCAGUAGACAAAUUUUGUUCCCUGAUGCUUAAGAUCAGUAACAGCAACGUAAAUGUGUAGUCUUCUGGGAUAUGUCUUGUACAAUCUGGAACAUAAUUAUUCAUCUGUUUCAUCAGACAUGGCAGUUUGAACUCAUUUUUAGAGCUUCGUGGCUUUUCUCUCCUGACCUAGCCAGGUUAAGGUGGCUACUAGAGGUGCUGUAGUCACAGCUUCUGAACACGGUGUAAAUAUAUCCCGGGGCUCCUCUGAAAAUGUCAGUCAUUAAACGAGCAGGGUUUUUUUUUUUUCAUCCUUCCCUUUAAUUGUCUAUCUGCCUUUUUUUUCUUUGUACUAUAUAUGCUGUUACAUCCAUGCUGUUGCAACCUGUAUUUGUUGCUUUUAAGAUGACAGGAAAGCAGCCUAAGCAGAGCUGUCGGCACUUUUCAGUAUAAUAAAAAAUUAAGGUCCUUUGUGUUCCGUCCUAACUGCUUGGAGAAAAUGAUCAGGUAAACUUUGCUAAGUGAUCUCAGCUGUACACUAUCUCCUCCUGCUCCCGAAUCAGGCCCUGAUAGACUGAAAAAGUGUGUUCGUCAACAGAUUUCUGCCAUGGUGCUGUGACAAAAGACUGUGUUACCAGCAACUUGAGAAUCCUCUUUCAAAGUGUGAAACACAAGUUACUACAUCCACUUUGCACAUUAGUUUCGUGUGUGUUUAGUUUCUAAAGUGUAGGCAAUAGGAAUUUAAGUGAUAUAAUCAUAUUUCUGAUUUUGCUGUUAAAGCCAAGAGGAUGCAUUGUGUGGGUAUUGGUGCUUAUUUUUGAUGUACCUGUGUUUGUGUGGUGCUGUUUGUGAGUAAAGCUGUAAUUAUAAUUCAGUUUAAGGAUCUAUAAGCUAUUCAUGACUUUUGGUAUGUCAUCCAUAGACUACUGUCACAGAAUGAUUUGAGGGAAACUAGAUUUGUAAUGUCCAGAUUUAGUGAUCUCACGAUUCAUAGAGCCAGGUGCACAGAGUACAGUUCUAAUAAAUACAUCUUAUUUUUUUUCCUGCUACUCACUCUUCUCAGCAUGACAACGUAAUCUGCUUUGUUUGCAUUAUUGUUUCCUCCAGUUUCCCUGCCUCUUCUUUCCCAACCCAUCAAUAACUUCAGAAGACUGAAGCAGGUCUUUUGUGCUUGAAAAUAAUAUUGAUUCAUUUUGCUUAAGAGGGGUGUUCCACUUAUUUGCAUUACACUAUUUUAAACUCCCAGGUGGUCUCUUCUCACUGGCUCUGCCAUUUCCCACCUGCUAAGGAAAAAGUCAUUAUACUGUUUAACAACUGUCACUGAUGUUUUACAUCAUUAAAUAAAACAAAGACUUUCUAGGGAGCAUGUUCACUUCUCUAGUAUCUCAGUUCUAUUAAGACAAUCAAAACCAAGUGAAGUGGCUAAAGAUCCAAAAAUAACACAUUUGUAUAGUUCUGAGAUAUAUGCACAGACAAAUGCAAAUAAAGUGGUCACCCGUUUCACUAGUCUGUGAAAUUAAGUAAUGCCACUUUGAUGUUCUAAUGAUAAUUACAUGGACAUGUAGAGACUAUUGGAAGAAUACGGAUCAGUUUUAUAAAUACUGUGGAAAAAUACAGUUGUAGGUAUCUGAUGUAUUCAGAAACAUACAAAUGCAAUAUGUGCAAAUGGGAAUUUUCGUAAGCAAUCAAAUUUUUGUACUUGCAGUGUUAUCUGCAUUUACGGUUAUAGCAUCUGCCAACAUACUGCAUGUUUUAUGCAAACAGCGACCUAUUUUAGCAUGUGCAUGCAUCUUGAAAAUAUAUCCUUGUUACUUGGACCUACAAGAUCCAUUGACAGAGUGUCUGAGGCCUGCCAAGUAAAUCUCAGGUGUGGUAAUCUUUUCCUGCAUACCUUGAAUAUUCACUAGCAUGAGUGCAUAUUCUAAUCUGUAGGAAGAUUAGUAUAUCAGGAAUAAGAAUCACCCUGUAGUUUUUAAAGAGUAAUCUUCUGGUGAAGAACUACACCAAUGAGCAAUUGCUGGCCAGCAGCACAGUCUAGAUUGCUCUGAGAAGACAUUUCAGUUUAUUUAUAUAUGUCCUGAACUAAGUAGUAAGCAGCAGAAAGCUAAAUUGAAAAGAAAUAAGAAAAUGACCAAAAAUCACAUGACCGAGGGAACAGCAUCUCUCAAAGCCAUAUGCCAAAAAUGCUCAGGGCUCACGAAACAAUACAGCAAUUUAGGGAUGUUAAUAGGCAUUUUCCAAGAGAACAGCACAGUUUGUUUCAUUGCACAGAUAGUGGUACAGUGUGCACUGCACAGGUUUUAGCUGCCUCAAACAACACUGCUUUGACAUUACAGCAAAGUCAUCAUAUGCUGAGAAAAGGCUGCCUAGGAAGGACUUGCGUGUAGCGUACUCCUAGCAUUUAUCAGAAUAAAAGUGGUAUGCACUAUU